AGAGAAGAAGAAGAAGAAGAAGAGUUAAGAUGGGGUGUGGUCAGGUUACUUUUCUCCUGGGCUCUACAGUUCCCUCCGUCAAACGCCGGUCAACGCACGAGUCUCCUCGCUAAAACCCGAGCAGCUUGUUUCACCCGCUGGAGGAAUCCCCCGCUCGGUGAUGUGAUGAAUAAGUUUGAGGUCCUUGGCAUUGUGGGAGAAGGAGCGUAUGGAGUGGUGCUCAAGUGCAGACAUAAGGAAACCAAUGAGCUGGUGGCCAUCAAGAAGUUCAAAGACAGCGAAGAAAAUGAGGAGGUCAAGGAGACGACUCUUCGGGAGCUGAAGAUGCUUCGGACCCUGAAGCAGGACAACAUCGUGGAGCUGAAGGAGGCCUUUCGCAGGAGGGGGAAACUCUACCUGGUCUUUGAAUAUGUGGAGAGGAACAUGCUGGAGCUCUUGGAGGAACUGCCCAACGGUGCAGCGCCCGACAAAGUCCGCAGUUACAUCUACCAGCUCAUCAAAGCCAUCAACUGGUGUCACAAGAAUGAGAUCGUACACAGAGAUAUCAAACCCGAGAACCUCCUCAUCAGCUCUGAGGACGUUCUCAAACUCUGUGACUUUGGUUUUGCUCGUAACCUGUCGGAGGGAACUGACGCCAACUACACAGAGUAUGUGGCCACAAGGUGGUACCGCUCGCCUGAGCUGCUGCUGGGGGCUCCCUAUGGAAAAGCCGUGGACAUGUGGUCGGUGGGUUGUAUCCUUGGGGAGCUGAGCGACGGACAACCCUUGUUCCCAGGGGAAAGUGAGAUUGAUCAGCUCUUCACCAUUCAGAAGGUUUUGGGUCCACUUCCUGCCGAGCAAAUGAAACUCUUCUACAACAACCCUCGAUUUCAUGGAAUCAGGUUUCCCUCAGUUACUCAUCCUCAGACUCUGGAGAGAAGGUACCAAGGCAUCUUGAGUGUUCUGAUGUUGGAUCUGAUGAAGAACCUGCUGCUGCUAAACCCCACCGAGCGUUUUCUGACGGAGCAGAGUUUGAACCAUCCGGCCUUCCAGCCUCUGAGGCAGGCGGAGAGAGAGAGGCCUGCUCCUGCAUCUCCCAACCCGCCGCGCUCCUCCAAGAGGAAAACACACCAUCAUGGAGAGAACACAGUUCCUACCAGGAGUCACACUAAGAGCUCAAGCCGUCGCUCCAACAGUAAAGAGUGCUCCAGCCUCCCUCGCCACGGGGACCUCCAUCACCUCGGCAAUGAGAGCUUCCUGAAUGGCAACAAACCGGCCCCGUCCAGUUUGAGUCCCACGCUCCACCCCAAGGGCCAGUACAUGUCCCAGACCCUCAAUCGCUCUGCCUCAUCCAACAAGGACCUGGCUAACAACAACCUGCCACACCUCCUCAGUCCCAAAGAGGUCAAAGGAAAGACUGAGUUUGAUUUCAGCAUGGGACCCUCCACAAAGCUGCCGGACCAGGGGCACGGGGGAAAGUACGGCCACAGCAAACCCAGUGCCUCGUCCAGCAGCAGGCAGCAGCAGCAACAGCAGCAGCAGCAGCAGCAGCAGCAGCAGCAGCAGCAGGUCGGCCGCCACACCUUCUUGGAAGGCAAGACAAACACACUGCAGUCUGGAGUAGAGAAACAACAUGGCCGACACACCCACAGUAUGGCCGACUCUGCCCACGGAUCCAUGUCCUCCUCGUCUAAAAGUUCGGCCUCUUAUCUCAGCCUGUCCAAGAGCCACAGCGCACUGAGCGAUGCCAAAUCGGUCGGGAACCUCAGCGAUGGGCGGCUCCACCCAGACGACCCAAACUCCAACACAACAGCGGGGGUUGGACCCAGCGCCCGCUUCUUUCCUGCCAGCUGCUUAGACCUCAAUGCCCCUUCAGGUCCUCAGGGGCCCCCCGGCAGCCCCUCGACGCGACACAGCGAUCGAUCCGGACACAGCCCCGCCUCUCGUAGCAGCGGCAAUGUCCGCAUGGAGAGCAGCACACUGGACUCGUCCUCCAGACACAAAUCCAGACAUAAGCCUUUAACUCCAGAGGAUAUCGGCGCUCCGGAGCUCUUAGACCCAGGAGGAGCGGGGAUGCCCUCCACUCACACUUUGCCUUCCCCACACGAGUCUUAUCACUACGGCCUGGGCUACACCUCCCCCUUCUCCUCUCAGCAGCGCCCCCAACGCCACUCCAUGUACGUGAGGAGGGAGCGCCACCGGCCCCACGGCGUGGAGGGUGGGAUGGCGGGCUUGCCUCCGCCGGGGCAGGUGAUACCAACAAGAGCCAGCAGCCUGCAGCUCCUCUCCCCGCAGCUGCAGCACCGCACCACCCUCACCGGACACUCAGUGAGCUCAUCGAGAGAGGACUGCAACGAUGACAUGACGAGGAGUGAGCCAUCCCCUAAAGACAUGAGCCACCCUUGUGCCCCCAUCAAAGACUCGGCGAGGGACAACGCUGCUGCUUUUCAUACGCAGCGCUCUAAAAACGAGGUGGGUAUGUACCACGACCCUCAUGGGGAAGAUGGAGGUUCUUCCAAGGAGAACCGGAUGAUCUUCACUGAGUCCAUGCCGAGGAGAGUCGGCAGCUUCUACCGAGUUCCUUCCCCACGACCAGACAACUCCUCCUCUUUCCACGAUGGCGUCGUCCAGAGUCGAGGGCCGGUCGUCCCCGUUGUCCCCGGAGACCCUGUCAUCAUGGGCAACCACUCCAAACGCCAGACGGCUUUUGACUGGAGCGCCGCGGAGGCGAUGGUCAUGAACCCUCCGGAGCCCGUCAAAGAGAAGGAGAAACAAGGCUUCUUCAGAGCCAUUAAGAAGAAGAAGAAGAAGACACAAAUAACGGACAUGGAGGACGGGAGGAACCCCAGCAUCAGGAAAAGUCUCUUCCCCCUCUUUAGCUCUAAGAAUAGCUUAAAGCACAACUCAGCUGUCAAAGUCCUCCCUGUAGUCGCCUCGCCCAUGGUACAACACCAGCCUACUGCGCCCUACCCUGCCUCACCAGUCAUCGGUAUCGGACAGGAACACCUGUCGCUGCAGAGGGGCUCCAAGUCCUCCUCUCAUCACGGCAGCCGACGGAAAAACCGCGAGAGAUCCCGCGACAGGGACCGAGAGCGAGAACAGAGCCGGGACCGAGACCGAGAGAGAGAACGUGAGAGGGAAAGAGAGAGGGAAAGGGAGAGAGAGAGAGGAAGGGAGAGAGAGAGAGUCAGUGAUUGGCCACAAGAGAAACCAGUGGACUCACACUCACAGAGCCAACCACUCAAGUCCCUCCGCAGGCUCCUUCACCUCUCCCCCUCUUCCUCAAAUCAAGGACAGCCUCCUCCUCCUCCUCCUCCUCAAGACCUGCGCUUCCAAGCCCCCCUCUCCAACCCGCCUCAGCCCUCCUCCAAAGUGGGCUACCCCGAGGGUCGAGGGCACGUGGAGAGCAGGGGGCACUCCGGGGUGAGCAUCACCUCCCAGGCCAAGAGCCGCAAGCCCAGCUACCCCCUCCCCGGACAGAUCGAGUCCAGCUGGCACGUGUCGGCUCUGCAGCGGGCGGAGGGCGCUCAGUUCACCCCGGAACAGUUGGGCAUCAAACCGGGGCAGAAUGGACCCACGUUUACCCGAGCCUCCCGCAACAGGAUGCCAAACCUCAACGACCUGAAGGAGACUGCGCUUUAAAAAAAAGGAAACCCUCCCAAACCACACCACCUCCAAUAUAGCUCCAUCCUGAAAGCAUCUGUCAAUGCAGACAUCGUGGUCCUGUAGUAAAAGUUUACAUGAAGCCUAUUUCACUGGAUCAAGUCCUCAUUCAGAAACACAGUAUCUGAAACCUACACAGACCAGACGCUGACCGGCCAAACACAGACAGCGGCGACGGUGGCGUCCAGGAGACAGGACAGGGCCGCUCCGUCACAGGAAGUCAGCCCUGCAUCGGUUGUACGUUAUUGUCUCUCUACUGAACAAGGGAUUCGAACGUAAUGAGCUGAUGUUUCCCUGUCAAGGAGACCCUGCUCCUGUGGCCUCUCUGCUGCCAUCUCCUGCUCACAGGACGCUACUACAACACAUCCGACCGCCGCCGCGACGCACCGCGGCCAAGGAACUCAAGCUCUGUUUUUCAAGCUCCGAUAUUUGAUAAGAACAAAAACAAAAGAUUUAUAUCAACAUUAUUUAUUGAAUAUUUAUUUGUUUUAAAUUCAAGGAUAUAAGCUAUAAAUGACACAGUAUGUAGGCUAUAUGGGAAUAUUAUAAGGUAAUAUAGAAUUAAAUGUGUAAUUGCGAGAGCUUUAGUUUCGACACAAAGAAAUGAAUAGAUAUUUAUGUGUUGAUAAUACAAUAUGUCACAAGGAAUAUUUAAUAAUGGUGAAUGUCCUUUUUUGUUCACUUUGAUAUGUUAUUAAGAGAUUUUCAUAUGUUAUUUUUAAUCUUUUUUUCAUUUUCUUUCAUCAAAAUAUGAAGAAUUACUGAUAAAUACCUUUUGCCCAGAGUGAAAAAAAAACACAAAAAACAUCUACUUCAAAUCUGCUCAUCACCCUCAUGACAUCACUUUAUGAGUUGAGUGACACAUCGGGCUAUUUGUCAGAGGUUCGGUAGCAGAGGAGCCAGAGUGAGACUGUUAGACUCUGAACUUUACACACAGAAACUUUCACACCACAUGACGUCCCACUCUCAGUGUCGUUAUCUUUUUAGCUCCGUGCUGCCAUGUUGGUUUCGUCCACAGCCUUAACAGUAAGUAAGUGAUCGCCACACGGCCCCGCUGAGAAGUUUGUCUCUGAACAGUGUUUUCAGAUUGUAGGAGGGCAUUCUGCAAAAACCACCUCACCUACAACCUUUAAGAUCUUCAGGGGAAAGUCUGGUUUUAUUCCAAAGUUUUACUGAAUCAGGCCUCAAACAUGUGUCAUCUGCAGUGGAGCUAAUUGCUCUGUGCCACAGACCGAGACCUCUGUUUUCCAAAAUCCUCACAAAUUCACACGUUAGCUUCUGUAAAUACCCAGAAAACUAUCGAAAUCUGAAAAGUAGCCAGCCAAUACACUAUUCAAUGUUAAAUGCUAAAUAAAAUCCAGUGAUCAGCGGAUUUAAUUUAGAAUUUUUUUACGACUUAUCAGUACACAUAGUGAAAUACGCCAAAAGAGAAAAGGCACUCAGUACAAUACUCGACAAAUACAAGUUUUGGAUUCAAAAUCCUACCUGUAUUACUGAGAGGUAAAUGUACAUGAAGUACUAAAAUAAUUUUGUCACUGAUGUUUCCUUGUGAACAUGAGAUGAUUAACGGGAUGAAAAAAUAAGAGAAAAAAGCUUGAAAAGAGACUUUGUUCACAGUAAGAAAGAUAAAAAAUAACACCAGACUUACCCUGAAAUUUUUUUUAAAUUUUUUUUUCUAUUUUUUUUCUAUUUGCAAUUGAAAACAUUGCUUUUGUAAAUGCCUUUUUGUGUAAAUCUGACUUUGGUUUUUGCAUAACAACUUCUCUUUUCGACAUCAAUAAUCAUGAUCAGGGAUGAUUUUACUCGAUUGUUCAUAAAAAGCAUUUACCUGUGGCCUACUGACCCGCAGAGUCAUGUAGAUCACAUCACUAUUUGUGGCCUAGGCAAAGUACACGGCGCAGAUCUUCUUCCAGUCUCCCCUUCAUCCUUCAUUUCCCUCUUCCACCUUAAGGGAAGCAUUACAAAAAGCAGUAAAGAUUCACAUCCCAGAUGGUGGGAACCAAGGGAAGAAGGACGGGUGGAUGCAUUUAUGCAUAAAUUCAAAAACAUGUGGAUAAAAGAAAGAAUUGAAUCUGUCAAAAAGGAUGAAAAGACACAGGCAAAAAAACAAAUGAACCAAUUGACUACGUGGCUGAUUGAGAGCAAUAACGUUGAGAAGGAGCCUCAGAUUGUGUCGGCCCAAAUCAGCGGCAGUUAAACUGAAGCCAAAUAUAGCUCAGUGAAGGAUUUGAGAAGUGCUCACGUAUAAAAUCACUUAAACAUCGCUUCUGCAAUACAUUUUAUUUUCAAUUUGUCCGUGAACGUAACCAAGGACGAGAGAAACCUCCCAGUGUUGUGUGUUAUGGAAAAAUCCUGAUUGCCAAUGAUUGUAAAUGACGUGUGGGUUUGUUUGAAUCAUUGAAGGGACACAGUGGUGACGACGCUUGCCUUGCCGGUGACCUGAAGCCUUACACUAGCUCUUAAGAUUGAAAUGGAGACGUCAACCCCCCCCCCCCAGAGAGUCACACACACACCGACAACUGACACAAGAAACACUUUUGUUCACAAAUAUGAAUGUGUUUUCGUAAAACAUCCGUUAUUUUCGAUUUUUCUUUUCAUUUCGCCGUUUUUUCCCCACUUCUUACAGGGUGUACAUAGAAAUAAUAGAGUGUAUCUAUACUGACCAUUCUACUUUAAUUAUAGGGUCUCAUAAUAAAAACCGACUGUACAUUUUU